AUGGAGGGCAAUCGGCUUGUGAUAGGUCUCGACUAUGGCACAACGUACACUGGCGUAUCUUUCUGUGAAUCGAGCAAGGACAAGCAGGCAGAUCACAUUGAAGUGAUUCACGACUGGCCGUCACAGAGCAGCAAGAACGCAACGCAGGAGAAAGUACCUAGCGAGGUCGCUUACCGUGAAGAAGGCAUUUUGUGGGGUGCACUCAUCCCAGCAGAUGUUCCCCGGCACAUGUGGACAAAGCUUCAACUUGAUCCCCUUCAAGUCGGAGAAGUCACGAAGAUCAACCGCGAAAUUGCGACGUCCAAAGAGAAUGCGAACAAGCAGCCCGACGACGUCAUCACCGAUUAUCUCGCACAAGUCAAGGCACACCUACUCAAGAACUUGGACCAGAAGUAUGGAAGGACUCUCUGGCGAACGAUGCCAAUCACACUAGUUGUCACGGUACCAGCUACAUGGUCUGACCUAGCCAAAUCACGUACACUGGGGGCUGUCAACAAAGCGGGCUUCAAUACGCUAGAGUUUCCGCAACCGGUGACGACCAUUCUGACCACCGAACCCGAGGCAGCUGCCAUCUACACGAUAAGAACUUUUCGUGGUACAACACAAGACGCUGAAUUCGCCGUGGGUGAUGGUUUCAUUGUGUGCGAUAUGGGAGGAGGUACUGUGGAUCUCAUCUCGUAUAGGGUUACUGGCCUCAAUCCAACUGUCAUCGAGGAAGCCACAGUGGGAUGUGGUGAUCAAUGCGGCGGCAGCUCUGUUGAUCGUGCCUUCUUACGAUGGCUUGAGGGUCGCAUUGGAACGGAAGACUUCCACAAGAUCGCCGGUUGCAGGAGUGAAGAGGUCAAAUACACUUCGUUGGAGAAGAGAGCUGCUGCUAUGCUCCAGCAGUUUACGUCCGGCCCUAAAGCAGGAUUCACUGGAACCGAGUCGUACAUUAUGCCGUUGCCGUUCCCGUUAAGCAGGAUCGAAGACGACGAAUCUCGUGGAAUCAGCGAUGGAGAGAUUACUGUCACGCCUGACGAUAUGGCGAGUAUGUUCCAGAAGUCCCUCGCCGGCACAUACAAGCUUGUCGCCAAGCAGUACGGAGCGGCUACUAAUACCAAGAAGAUCAAGAUGAAGGCAAGUUCAAGAAUCCUCAUUUACAUCUUCAUGGUCGGUGGAUUUUCUGAGUCCCCAUACAUGCGCAACAAGGUCACGGAAUUUGCCAGCGAGUUCAAAAUGGCAGCAAAAGUACCGAACUAUCCUUGGUCCUCUGUCUCUCGAGGGGCAGUCGCUGUCGGUCUGGAAGCACAGAAGCCAGAGCAAGGAGUUGUCCAGAACCGGAAGUGUCGCAGAUACUAUGGCAUACCUGCUACUACGUCGUUCGAGAGUGGAGAGCAUCGGGAAUCCGACGCCUACAUCGACAUGCACACCGGUGAAAAGAGGGCUAGAAAUCAGGCCAGCUGGUUGCUCAGCAAAGGUCAGGAUCUUGCAAGUACCACUCGGGCUCCACACACAACGAUGUCCUUUUAUACGAAGUUCUGGCCCCACGAGGCGAGAACACACAGAGUAAAACUUAUCGCGACGAACUCCGAUGAGGCCCCUCAACAUUCCUAUGACAAAGGUGUGUUCUCCGUCGUAGUCCUUACGAUCGAGUUGUCCAAAGUUCCCAAGAAGGAGUUCAAGGCCAAGCGAUCUCCGGAUAGGAGCCAAUACCACGAGAUCAGUUUCGACGUUGAGAUCUCUAUCCAGUCUGCUCUGCAGUUCUCUUGCUCAGUCAAAGGUAAGAACGUCGGCUCCAUCACUGCGAAGUAUGAGUAG